AUGUCCGAAAUUGCUUUCGAGAUACGAGAUGCCUUUCCUCCGGACACAAUUGACGAGGUCAUCGUCCAGUAUCUUGGUGGGCUCUGGGAUGACCCGGACGAGGAUUCUGCAGAUGUUCUCAAAGUGACGAAGGAGUUGCUGCGAUCUGCGGUUCGAGGAUACGACGCCGAGAUCAACAAGCUAAUCUCAAGAUUGACUGAGGAGUCGAAUAAGCGGGAAGAACUACACUCGAAGCUUCAGAGGCCUGCACUUACACGCUUGGAUAAUGUUAUCGAUAUGAGCCAAACAGGCGCAAUAUCGAAAACCAUUGGGUUUUCUGAGGGUGUGGAUCUGUCGUCUAUCACUAAGGGCAAACAUAAAAAAUUGGAAAAGGCUGAGGCUAAACUUAAGGCGAAGAUUGAGAAGCGUGCUCGUCGUGAUCUGUAUGAAGGAUCAAAACUCCUCGAUAUGCAAAAGAAACAGCAAACGUACGAGGAUAUGUUCCUGAAGAUCAAUCCACUUGAAGCUCGCACAUCGAGCAAAGGAAAGAGCAAGGACAUUCAUUUGCAAAACAUUGAUGUCAGUUUUGGGUCACAUCGAAUUUUGCAAGUCGCUCGAGAGAUGAGAUUCGAUGUUAUAAUUGACAUGGUUUCCCUUAGAUCUGGUGCCUCUUUAACUCUCGCGUACGGACGUCGUUAUGGCCUUAUUGGACGGAAUGGUAUUGGCAAAAGUACACUUUUACGGCAUAUAGCAUUGCGGGAGCUACCCGUUCCUUCCAACAUCUCUAUAUUAUUUGUCGAACAAGAGAUAGUUGGGGAUGAUACUCCUGCCAUUGAGUCGGUUCUCAAAGCAGAUGUCUGGCGAGACAGAUUGAUGACCGAGGAACGAGAUCUUAAUGCCAAGUUGGCGAAGUUGGAGACCAGCGACCCAUCUGAUGGAGCCGCCGAGGCGGCAAGAGAAGAGGCUGAGAGUCGGCUGGUUGAAGUGCAUGCGAGUUUAGCUGACAUGGAGGCGGAAACGGGACCAGCUCGGGCUGCGCAGUUGCUGGCCGGACUUGGAUUUGCCGAAGAAGAUCAGCAUCGAUUGACCAAGACAUUUUCUGGUGGUUGGCGAAUGCGAUUAGCACUGGCACGAGCCCUUUUUGUCAAGCCGGACUUGCUGAUGCUUGAUGAGCCGUCUAACCACAUUGAUCUAAAUGCCCUUGCUUGGUUUUCUACAAGACUACUUGCAAACCUGGCCGGGACGAUUCUUGUUGUGUCCCAUGACCGUGCCUUCCUUGAUGCUGUGGCCACAGACAUUGCAACGAAGACGGAGCGCGAGCGGAAUCAGCGGAAGGAGUAUCAUGCUCAAAUGGAAUACCGUGCCCACUUGCAAGCCUUUAUUGAUCGAUGGCGUUAUAAUGCGAAUCGUGCCGCUCAGGCACAAAGCAAGAUAAAAAUCCUUGAGAAGCUUCCUGAGCUCGAGCCUCCGGAGGAGGACGAAACGGAGAAGUUCAAAUUUCCGGAGACAGAUAAGAUAUCUCCACCUCUUCUACAACUUAGCGAGGUCACGUUUGGAUAUACCCUUGACAGGAUUAUCCUCAGAAACGUCAGUAUUGAUGUAGGCCUGGAGUCUCGCAUUGCUGUUGUUGGCUCUAACGGCAGCGGGAAAAGUACUCUGAUCAAGUUGCUCACUGGAGAGUUGAAACCGCUGUCGGGGGACCAAAUACGAAAUGGGCGCCUUCGGAUAGCUUACUUUGCCCAACACCAUGUUGACACGCUCCCAUCGGCAAUGUCUGCUGUUUCCUACUUGGCUCAGAGGUUUCCAGGCAGAAACGAACAAGAGUACCGAGCACAUCUUGGCGCUUUCGGCAUUUCAGGCUUGACUGGAUUACAAUCAAUAGAGACGCUCUCCGGAGGCCAAAAGAGUCGUGUCGCAUUCGCGGUAUUAUCUCUUCACAGACCUCACAUCUUGUUGCUCGAUGAGCCUACCAAUCACCUUGACAUGGAGGGUCUGGAUGCAUUGAUGCAUGCGUUGGGAACGUGGAAUGGAGGCGUCAUUCUUAUUUCUCACGACGAACGCUUCAUCACGAGGGUUGCGUCAGAACUCUGGGUUUGUGCUGACGACACUGUGAAAAAAUAUUAUGGGGAUGUGGAAGAGUACAAGAAGCUCAUUAUAUCCAAUAUCAAGACAAGGCCAUAG